UGCAUGUUAAAGACAAGUUUACUUCUGUCGGAAAGCAUCUGAAGUUGAAAAGAUGUUUUGAACGGAUGUUGCAGGUCAAAUUACGAUCACUGUAGCUAAAUAACUAGUCAUGGAUGAACGCCAUUGGUGGAUAGCUGGUAAAAUCCAGGAAACUUUUAAGAUAGGUGGCUAUGACAAUCCAACUCUGUUGGAGGAUUUUAUGACAGAGGAAGGAACGCUCACUAAAAUUAACCGUUUCCUCAAAUCAAGUGGUCCAUGUCGGCUAUUCUUUUAUUCGGAAAAACCAGAGAGUUCAACAUUGUCAUCAAGAGAACUGUAUGUCACUGGAACACUAGCUGCAUUAAAAGAUGUGAAUUUAGAUAAUGUAAACAUUCUUUACUUUCUCAGAAACAGAGUAGACAAAGAUGUUGAUGCCCAUCGGAUGGAAAGGGAUGUUUUCUGUGGAGAGCUCAAACACAAUACAAUCGAAACACUCACAGCAUUGCUGUCAGAUGUUUAUCUCCCGCUCAUUAAGGCACAGAAAGAAUGGGGAGAAUGUAACAAUGAAUGCCAAACUAGCCUUACACAUAGCAUGGACAAAUUUUUGACAGCUUUAAAUGAGUCGACUGCAUCUAUGCAAACUUCAAAACAGUUGAUGCUGAAGCAACCAGAAAAUGUUAUUUUGAAUGACUUCAAACAACAAAGAGCAGCAGCCCUAGACCCUCAGUUGAUCAGUCAAUAUGAAGAACUUGUGAAUGAUUGGAUGAAUACAAUAGAAACAACACUUAAUGACACCUCUGAUGAAAGAUUUUUGGACCCUAAUGCAGGACCUCUGUCGGAGUUGGAACGGUGGCGGCGGCGCCAGCGACUCCUUACUAACAUCACAGAGCAGCUGAAGAGUAAGGAAUGUAAGGCUGUGAUCGGGGUUCUCAUCACAGUCAAGUCCAGACUUCUCAAGAAAUGGAAGAAUGUUGAUGCAUCAAUCACUGAUGCUAUGAAUGACACAAAGGACAAAGUGAAAUAUCUGGAGUCGCUGCGGCGACAUUUUGACCAGCUGUACCAUGAUGCCACUCCAGCCUCCAUUAUCAACAAUGCUAUUCCUGGUAUCACUAACAGUGUCAGACAAAUGGAUUCCAUCUCGCGGUAUUAUGCCAGAGUUGGAUUCUUAGGUCUCAUGUUUACCAAGAUCACCAAUCAGUUGGUCCUGGCGUGUAAGGAGUACAUAAAAAACUGUACCAUCACUGUGUAUGAUGGUGACGAGUUGUGGGACAGGAUCGGUGAGGAGAUUCGUAGUCGUGACACCAUCCCAAGUGUGGACACACAGCACAAGUUCCUCAAGAACCAAGUAGAGGCUAACCUCAAGAAUGCUCCAUCCCGUGGGAAAAGUAAGGAGGGCAAGGAUCUGGGCCUGCAGGACGACAGCCUGUUUGGGCGCCUUAAGGCAUGCCUUACCCUGCAGGGCUACUACCGUGAGAUGCUAAGGUCUCUUAAGGACGCUCUGGGACAGAGCCAGAACCUGUCCCACUUCCCGUCCCUUAGUAGUGUAGGAGGACCUGGAAGUUUUACUGGUGCCAAGCCAAAACAGGGUACAAGUGGGGUAUCAAGGGGGACCAGCGUGUCACCAAAGAAGGGCCAGUCCAUCAUGAUAGCAGAUACCCAGGGACACGGAGUAUCCAUUGCUGAUGAAGAAGCCAUCAUGUCUCACAUGGACUCUUUCUGUAACCGAAUCCGUCAGCUCAUGGAUGUUAUAAACACUCUGGCCCAGUACAACAAAAUGGUGCACUCUACAACAGGAAUACCUCGCCUGAGGAAAGAGGAUCUCAUCAAUGAGGACGAGAAUGAGAAGGACACUUACAAGUAUCGUAAACGCCAGCAGGAGGCACUCAAAGCUGCCAUGGUGUACGAGGAUGAGGAAGUAGAAGGAGGGCCGACAUCCAUACAGAUUACUUCCCCAGAACGAAGCCUUGGCGCGAUUGCGGAGGAUGAAGAGAACCAGGACGAACCAGGGUCAGACCAAGAGGAUGUAGCUACAGAGAAGAAGGAGGUCCACACAGAUCCCACAGAUGAUGUUUUCGAAGUAGUCAACGGCAAACAGGGUCUUAGUGAUGAAGAAGUCACAAUCAUAAGGAAGUACUUUCCUGAGGAGGAAGAGGAUGAAGGUCCCAGUAUAUCGUACACCGUGGCUAAACACCAUGACAGUAUGAUGAAGGCCAUGAGUGAGAACGUCACCACCAAAACCAUGCUUGAUGUGGAAUCUAAGGACCGAGACAAGUUUGAUGUAUAUUAUGCCAACUUUGCUUCAACCGUACAAGAACUGGAAACCUUCAUGGCCGCCUAUCUCCACGCUAUAUUCCUGAGAAAGAAGAUGAAGACAACACAGGGACUGGACAUCAUUACAAGAUUCACUCCCAUUCAGAGCCGACCAGGAAUCCGAGCUCAUAUAGCUGAGAAAUUUGUAGAGAUCUUCAAUUGGUACGAGACUGAUCUGGAGGAGGUUCAUAACAUCUAUGAAACACACAAGGAGAACCCCCAGAUGGUGAGGAAUGCUCCUCCUGUAGCUGGGGCCAUUCACUGGUCUAGACAACUCCUCAAGAGAAUUGAGGACCCCAUGAAGGUGUUCCGUGAUAACCGAGCCAUCAACCAGCUGGGAGAUUUUGGCCGUAUCGUUAGGAUCUACAACAGAUUGGCCACGGCCCUGGUGACAUUUGAAAGUUUGUGGUUUACUCAGUGGAAGAACAGGAUAGAACAGGCCCGGAGUGGUCUGAGGGCCACAUUGUUUGUACGCCACCCAUCUACUGAUGAGAUUGUCGUCAACGCUGAUGAGAGAGUUCUGGAGCUUAUACAUGAAGCUAAAUGGCUGACCCGUCUGGGCAUACAGAUUCCUGAAUCAGCUGUGUCCAUCAUGCAGCAAGAGUCACGCUUCAAGAACUACAAAUCUCACCUGGAGCUGGUGCUGAAUGAGUAUCGGGAAGUCUGCUUGUCCAUCCCUGAACCUCUUAUCAAACUCUUCACUCCCCACAUGGAGUUUGUGGAGCAACAGCUUCAGCCUGGCCUCACAACAUUAGCAUGGAACAGCAUGAAUAUAGAUGCAUUCCUGCACCAGAUCCACUCAGCCACUCAGAAGCUGAAAGGAAUGCAACAAAAAGUUCAUCAGAUCAUGGAAAAUGAUAUCUAUGGCACACUGGACAACAUCAGGAACUUCUACCUCUUUGAUUACGAGGAGGCCAUCUCAAGGUCAUGGCCCCCACUCGAGUUCCGUGAUAAGAUGCUGAGGAGCAUUCAGUCACGCUCGGAAUCUCUGAAGCAAUCUGUCCAGUUGGCGUUGGUUGGUCUACAGAGAAUAGCGAAUACUCUGGCUACGAAAAAGGAAUACACGUUUACUUCUAUCCAUUCCAUGACUGUUGCAAAAGGCGUUGCAGCCAAGCUCAAGCAAAUAAGCAUGGCUCGAUCGGAGAAACGUCUCUCGAGUACCCCCACCUUAAGUUUCCCAGCGGCUGACAAUCCCAGCAAAUCCAAAAAGAUGGCUCUAAUGAUGGAUGAAAUGGAAGCCAUGAGAGAACGACAGAAGAUAGAAGAUGAAGAAAACAAUAUAGCUGAACUCAUUGCCCACUACCGUGAUCAUGUUUACCAGGCGGUACUCCAAGCCACAUGUCGGUCUCUGGCCACACUGGGGGAGAGUACUGGGUGUGACAGUGAGGUCAUUCGGGCGGUCAGUGCAAUGUCAAUGGGAUCAACCCCUCGGGACAGCCCCAGUCCUCAGUCACCCACAAGGAUCAGUCGGGAACAAUCUGCACACAGUCGUAUAUCAUCUGCGGCCACAGAUCGUCCAUUGACCAGUAUGUCCAUGUUGUCCAACAUGACAUGGACGACAGAGAGAAGUGAUGCAACCACACUGCUACAAUUUGAAGUAGAGGUCCACUUCAUGAUCCCGAACAUCAUUGUGGAGCCAACAUUGGACAUCGCCCAGACUGCCAUCCAGGAUGUCGCUAAUGCAGUCGUCGAGGCCAACAGAUAUGUUUCCUGGUUUGGACCUCAAGGAGAGGAGAACUUCUACUCUCUGAUAGCUGACGAUGAAAAUGUUGCUCAGAUGACAUCACAGCUGUCAAACAUCAUCAAUGAAAUUGACACAGUGGUGAACAAGCACCUGUUCCACUUUAGUUACUACAACUUCCUGUGGAAAGACGACCUUCACGGAAAUUUCAAGGAGUUUAUCUCGGCUGAUCCUGGAAUGUUUGCUAUCAAACGGGAGGUGGAGAGAUUCCUUUAUAUAGAGAAGAAGGUAUUGGGGAUCCCGAAAGUUUUACCUGUAGGGCCAAUCUCUCUACACACUGACCCCAUCAAGGAUGCUCUGCAUGGAUUUGCUAUGGCAUGGAAGAUCAAGUUUGCUUCUGUCUUGCAUGAGGAGGCUAAGAAAAAACUGGACGCUGCAGUUUUGUACAGGUCUAAUGUUCGUAAUCGGCUGGAGCUGCAUGUCCAGUCCCUUGACCAGUUGAAUAGUGCCCUUCAUCUGCUAGAGGAACUUUGGGACAUGGAGAAUAAGAUAGAUAGUAUCUACCUGCCGAUAGAAACUAUGUAUGCCAAACUCAGGGAGUUUGAGCUUCGCCUUCCAAGGAAUGAAGUAGAAGAGGUUGACCAGCUACGUGACAAAUGGCAGGAAUUGAUAGAACUAGCAGAACAGGUCCGUGAGGUCCUCCUCAAGGAACGAAGGGGAGCUUUCGAACAGGAACUAGACAAGCAAGUCAAGACAUUUGUGGUAGAGGUGAUCCAGUUCAGGAACGCAUUUGACGCCCAGGGUCCCGCUGUCCCAGGGAUUCCACCAGCCGAGGCUGUCGCCCGGUUGCAGGACUUUCAACAGAAAUAUCUGUUGUAUGACUCGAAGCGUAACACAUUGGAGUCUGUAUCUAAACUGUUUGGAAUAGCCUGUAAACCAUUCUCUGAGCUAGAUAAAACUGGCGAAGAAUUGGACUUACUUAGUCAGUUAUACGGACUCUUCCAGAAGUUCUUAAGAUUUGAUGCAAGGUUCAAAGACACACUUUGGGCAGAGGUGGACCUUGAAGCCUUCUUUAGAGAGGUUGAAGGCUAUUGGGAUGAGUGUCUAGCUCUUCCGAGUAAAUUAAAGGACUGGGACGCCUACCAUGACCUGAAGACAUCUCUACAGACGUACCUGGAGGUGUUCCCCCUCCUCCACAGCCUCAACUCUAAGGAGAUCAGGAACCGUCAUUGGCUGGAAGUGAUGAGGGUGACAGGCAGCUCCUUCCAGCUCGAGGCCAAUGUUUUCAAACUACUCCACCUUUUGGACAUCGGCCUCAUUAAACACAAAUCAGAGAUUGAAGAGAUCUGCCGUGGAGCCAGUCGAGAGUUGGAACUGGAGAUAAAGAUGAGAGUGACUGAGGAAGAAUGGAAUGAACAGGUGCUUACGUUUGAACAUUACAAGAAGCGAGGCCCUAUGUACCUGGACAAGGUCUCCACAGAGCGAUUACUGGAACAGCUGGAGGAUGCUCAGGCAUUGCUCGCUAACAUGUUAACUUCACGUUACAUUGGUCCUCUCAGGGAUGAAGCUGCAGGCUGGGCAGAAAAACUGAAAACUGUGGCCGAAGUUUUGGAACAGUGGCUGGAGGUUCAGGACCUAUGGCAGUACCUAGAGGCAGUGUUCAGUAACUCCAUCGCUGCUAAGGAAUUACCUCAAGAGGCCAAAAGGUUUGCCAGAACAGACAAGAGCUGGACAAAACUGAUGAAGAGAGACUUUGAAACUAGGAAUGUUUUACAGUGUUGCUACGGUGGUGAGGUACCUAAAGCUGUCCUGCUCAAGAAUAUUCAUGAGGAGCUGGAGAUCUGUUUUAAGUCGUUGAUGGGUUACCUUGACAACAAGAGGCGGGCCUUCCCCAGAUUUUACUACGUAUCUGACCCCAUCCUCUUGGCCAUCCUGAGUCGACCCAGUGACCUUGAGUCUGUCCGACCUCACCUCAAAUCUAUAUUCAGUAGCAUCUAUGAUGUACGACUAGAGGAAGCCAACACAGUAGAUGAACCAACAGAUGAGGUUGGUUUCGCCCAUUCACGUACAGGGGUGCGAACUCCCACAGGGUCGAGGGUCCGGACCUCCUCAGCACUCUCUCCGACCAACAACACACCACACAAGAUUGACAAGCGCUUGACAGAGAUUUAUAGUAUGAACCCAAGCACCAUAGCACAUGCCCCAGCCUUUAUGCCAUCAGAGGGAAUCGUAGAGGACAGUGUGUUUAGAGAUGCAGUAGCUGUAAGCAGUGCCGAGGGCGAACUUGUUCAACUACAGGAUAAGGUUUUCCUUACAGAUGGAGUAGAGGUGUGGCUACAGAAGCUGAGAGAGUCUGUCGCUAAGACAAUCAAAGACCUCAACAUCAACAUCAUACAGGAAUGUAACAAUGGCGUGGCCAUGGAUGAGUGGGCAUACAAGUACCCAGCACAGGUGUGUCGUAUGGGUAUGCUGUACUACUGGACACGAGAGUGUGAUCAGGGAAUCGGGGAAAUCAAGUAUGACCGCAAGGCUCUCCAGGGUGCUCUCAAGAAAUACAUUGCUACAGGGUCCAAACUACAGACAGUGUUGUCCCGAGGGGCUUGGCGAACCCUUGAAGAGCCCAUGCUGCCGCUCCACAAAGCUCGACUGGAAUGUAUGAUAUCGCAAUUCCUUUACCUGAGAGAUAUACUGGAUAACAUGUGCACUAGAAAAUUACGAGAGUCAACAGACUUUGAAUGGCGUCGCAGCAUCCGGUGUUACUUCCACCCUGUUGCCUCCGACACACCCACGCCCAGAGAAUCUGUCACCGGCGAUGACAGUGGCCUGGAUGAUCUGGCCAUACAGGACCGCCAGGAGCCCCUGAUCUGGAUCCUGGAAACCCCAUACACAUACGGUAAUGAGUUUUACGGGACCUUAUCUGGGGCAGCCCUGACCCCUGUCACCGAACGCUGCUUCCUUACAAUGUCACAAGCUCUCAAUAACUACCAGGGCAGCUGUGUAUCUGGACCGGUUGGCGUCGGAAAGACAGAAACUGUCAAGGGAUUGGCUAACAUUUUGGGUCAGUUCCUGAGUAUGGUCCAGUGUUGUCCAGAGUUUGACCCUACAGCCUUGGCAAGGUCCAUACAAGGAACAGCUAUGGAUGGUUGUUGGUGUUGUUUUGAUGAAGCCCAGAGUCUCCAUCGUAAGGCAUUGUCCGUCAUGUUUGACCAUGUUGAGGCUGUGUUGGUUGCCCUGAAGGCCAGACACUCGUAUGCCACUCUAGCUGAUGGUCAAGAAAUCUCGAUCAAGAAGAGUAGUGCAAUACACAUGACCAUCAACAGAGAUGACACCAGUUGUAGUCUGCCGAUUGAGGUACGGGCACUGUUCCGUACAGUGUCGCUUAUCAAACCCGACUUCAGUCUCAUCCUCAAGGCCAAGUGUGCCUCCAUGGGUUUCCGUGCUCCUACAGUCCUAGGUGCUAGGCUCAAGUCUGUAUCAGAGCUGGCUAAGGAUCAAUUGUCUGAACACUUCCAUCACUUGUUUGGUAUUGCCACAUGGACCGGUGUUCUUAAGAGAGCUCUGCAGAAAAGGAAAUAUGUCAGGGAUGAGAAAACCCAGGACCGUGUAGAAUCCAAGGCCAAAGAUGAAACAUCACGGUCAGAAAGUCAAGCAUCUGAGGCACCUACUAAGAUUGCAGGGCUACAAAAUGUUGGUUCAAGUAAUGUAAAGAUAUCUUCAGUGAGUAGAAAGACAGGCACGCCCAAUCCUAUGACUGCUGCUGGUAAACUAGAACAUGCUCUGGUCGCCCAGACAAUCCUGGAGGUCAUUUCUCCCAGACUGACUGGCAGGAAUGUGAAGCUGUUUAAGGCCGUACUGGAUGAUGUGUUCGCUGGUCUGCCCGAGCCUCCUACUAACCUGUCCCAGAUACAAUCGGCCAAGUCCCGUGGGAUGGACAUCGACCUGUCCCUCAAACACAAGGUCGCAGACAAGGGACUGGUAGCCCACGAUCCUUGGCUCACCAAGUGUAAACAGCUCUUCAACAUCUCUCAGGUCCACAAUGGUGUAAUCGUAGCAGGGCCCCCGGGGAGUGGUAAGAGUACAUGUAUUCAGACCUUGGUGGACUCCUUGUCGAUUUCUGGGCGUGGCACAUCUCGUCAGUCCCAGGGCAGCAGGGCCACCAACCCCGCAGAGUCCAUGCACAAACUCAUCAAGAUGAACCCAAUGGUUGUUGAUGAUGAAGCUCUCAUGUUUGGCUCACUCAACCAGAACCAUGACUGGAUAGAUGGUAUCUUCACUAACGCUGUCAGGAAGGCAAACAGGAACUUGAGUACUACCUGGCUGUGUCUGGACGGCCCUCUCAACCAAGGCUGGGCUGACAACUUCAACAGCAUCCUCAGUGGGGACAAGGUGUUACAUCUGAAGAACGGAGACAAGCUGUUCUUGUCUGACAAUAUCAUCCUGAUAUUUGAGACCGACAGUCUGGACAAUGCCUCCCCUGCCACCAUAGCUAGAUCUUCUUACCUUGACAAAGAUGUCCUGGGAUGGAAGCCUGUAGCCGACGCCUGGAUAGAGAGUAGAACUCCUCAAGAAAUACAUGUUUUACAGAGAGCCUUCCAGAAAACCCUUGAUCCAAUGGCCCAGUUUGUUCUGCAAGAGGCCAAACCAAGUCUAAAGCUAUCCCUAGUUGGCAUGUUCAAGACCUGUCUAGGCCUACUGUCUGCCAUGUUGGCAGACAACAUUGAGAUCGGCGGAGAGCUCCAUAUCGAACGGCUUUACCUUUUCUGUCUGAUCUGGACAUUUGGAGGACUCCUCAACCCCUCCGACAGGAAGGGCUUCAGUGACCUUCUUAAAACCCUCUCAACUGCGUUGCCUGACGAUGAUCGGGACAUCUGUGUGUUUGACUACUAUGUAGAUGAGUCUGGAGAAUGGGACCCGUGGACAUCUAGGGUACAGGAGACAGUUUACCCAGACAACCAGGACAUGUUAGGGGAGGUAUUCAUGGACUCCGUCGACACUUUCCGCACAAAGAUUUUGAUGGAGUUUGCCUCUGCCUCGGGCCUGAAUGUCUUGUUGGUGGGUGCCAAUGGAUCAGGCAAGACCAGUCUUAUUGAUAGGUUCAUGGAUGUUCAAGACCCACAGGUAGCGGUGUGUAAGAGGCUCGUGUUCUCUGGAGCCUCCUCAGCCAAACAGUUCCAGCACUUCAUUGAGGCCAACAUCCACCACAGACAAGGGUUUGUUUAUGGAGCCAAGGAGAGUAAGAAGCUGAAGGUGUUUAUUGACGAUGUGAACCUACCUGUACCAGACUGUCAUGGCGUUCAACGUUGCAAUGAGCUACUGAGACAGUUGCUGGAUGACAAGGUCCUGUGCACACUGCAGAAGCCUUUUGAGUGGAAAACAGUGGAGGACCUCAGUAUUAUUUCGGCCAUGUCUAUGAGUGACCACCCCAGUGUCACCAUACGACAGCUGUCCAACCGACUACUGAGACACUUCGCUGUGUUUAACCUUGCCACUCCCUCAGAUGAGGGCCUGAAGAGCAUUGUACACGGAAUUCUGGAGGUCAACAUGACAGAUGGGGACUGUCAGGGACUGGAGAUCGAUCUCCAUAGCAACCUUGUCAAGGCAUCAUGUGAUAUUCUCAAGGCCGUACAGAAUGUGCUCAGACCUUCCCCAAUGUAUGGCAGACGACACUAUCUGUUUUCUCUGAAGGACAUCACAGUCUGCUUCCAGAACUUGAAACGCCUCCCAGAAGAGAGCCUGGCCGAUGAGACCAUGAUACCAGUCGUGUCUCUAUGGCGACACGAGAUGCAGAGGAUUAUAAAGGACAGAAUUAGCCGUACAGCAGAUCUCAACUGGUUUGACAGUCUCCUCCAGGAAACCAUAGAAAGUACCUGGCCAGACUUGAAGGAACCAUUGAUUGAAAAUUUUGUGACAUUUCCAACAGAUGCCAGGAUGUACCAAAGGCCUGUCACUUCAGUUGGAGCUAAAAAUAUCAAGAUUGUACUACAGCCGAUUGACCAGCUACGUGAUGUCCACAGUUGUCUGAACACACACCUCACGCGAUACAACGAGGAGUUUGGAAACAUCCCCCUCAACAUCAUGUUGUCGGACUUCAUCAUUGCUCACAUCAUCAGGAUGCACAGAGUUCUCAGCUUCCAUCAUGGUGGUAACAUGCUGUUAAUCGGAGCUGUGGGUUCCCAUCUGGCUACCCUGUGUAAACUCGCCCUACACGUUGCUGAUGUUCCCAUACACAAAGUGGACACCAGCAAGCAGAGUAAUUUCUUUGACGGACUGAGGUCUGCAGUUCGACUUUGUGGGUCAGAGGGCAAGAUCCUGUCUCUUAUGUUCACGGCACGUGACUUGGAGGACCCAGUGUAUCUGGACGCCAUCAACAGCCUGCUGAUUAGUGGAGAGUAUCCACAUCUCUUCUCCAAUGAUGAACUGGAGGGACUCCUUCAGGCUAUAGGACCUGCCAUGAAGAGGGAGUUUCCCAACAUGUCUGUGGAUCCAAUGAAGUUUUUCGUGGCAAGAGUGAAAAGUAACCUCCAUUUCUUAAUCUGCCUACAACCUGGACAUUCUCUGCUCAGUAUUGCUGCAAGUCAGUACCCAGGUCUCCUUAGUGGCUGUGCCAUCAACUGGAUGUGUGACUGGCCCCAGGUGGCGCUGCUGGGCGAGGCUUCUUAUUUCAUCACUAGGUACCAGCUCACGGAGGAAUUCGAGGAUCUCAGUGAGAAUGUGACAGUGUGUCUAGCCAAUAUCCACAGCUUUGUGCUGCGCGACUGUCGCCAGCUUCCCUGGGCCGGGGACAUGGCAGGGGAGGUAACUAUGAACCAGCUCAAGGUACACGAGAAGAAGAAGGAACAGAUUAAGACCCAGUCAAUCACAGUACCAAACCAUCCAUACUCCAAACUCAUCAUGCUGGAACGUAUCAAGAGUAGCCACCGGUCUGAGUUGGUGAAGGCUAAGAACGAGGUAUACAUAGGCCCUACUACAUACAGACGAUUCAUGGAGUGCUUCAAGUACCUGUACAACGAGAAGGCCAAGGAGAGGACGAGUACUGUCGACCAGCUCAAGAAGGUGAUAUCAACCAUGGACCAGACAAGAACUGAUGCCAAAGUGAUGAAGAAGGCCAUCAAAUCUAUCAUGGGAAAGUUUGACGAUGCCAAGAAGAACACUGCUGACUUGUUACACAAACUGACCACAAAGGCAACCAUCUUGGAGAAGCUGAAGGCCAAGGUCGGACUGAGCACCUCCCUGGAUGCCUACCUCCACCUCACAGAGAUGGAGACAGAGGAGGAGGAAGAAGAUGAGCUCCUUCAACAAGAGGACUAUGAUGACUAUGACAAGGAGUUUGACAAGAUGAGGGAGGCAAAUCUGAAGACACGACAAGUGGCUGCCAAGGAGGAACAUGUAAUGGCAUUGAAACAUGUGGCAGAAUGUCGCCAGAACCUAGAGUACGCUCGACAACAGGUGUUACACUGGAAGGGCAAGGUAGACCGACAGUGUAUUGAGAGACUAAAGGGUUUCAGUACUCCUCCUAUACUGGUCGGCUCUGUCAUGGAAAUGGUCAUGACCUUGAUUGGGAAGCGUCUGCCAUCUCAUCGUCUCCAAGAGUCACGGGAUUACCAUGGGAAGGAUGACCUGUCAAGUCGUAUGUCAUCCAGUUCCAGUAGCACAAAGGUCAUCUCAAAGAAAGAUGGCCCCAGAUCAGCUAAGAAGGAUGGUGACCGGUUUGACCGCAACCAGUGGAAGGCCAUGACAUUGACCAUGAAUGACACUACCAAGUUUGUUGAUAUGUUACACAACGUUCCCUGGGAGGAUGGUCUCUCUGACGAUGUUCUCAGAGCUGUGGAAAGCUACCUUGCAACAGGCAAAGAUGGCCAGUUGGGUGUGACAGGGGAGGGAACUCUUCUUGACCAUGCUCAAGAACUGUCAAUCCGUGCCCAGAAAAGAACUCCAUCCCCAGAUGGUUCCAAGGGUAUCACCAUUGCUGGGGCCAAGUAUGCCAGUGAAGACUGUGCCACUUUGGUCCAGUAUACUAUUGCCAUAGUAGAAUACACCCGUCUGUGUGGCCCCCUUAAAUCCUCACUGGAGCGCCUUAACGAACUACAACGGGAGAUUGAGGAGAAUGAACGGAUACAGCGGGAACGUGAGGAGGAGGAAAGACUGAAAAGGAAGCUUUCUGUCAAGCCCCAAGAGGAAGAGAAGCCCCCUACUCCUGAGCCUGAGGAGGAUUAUACAGAGGACGACCUGUCCCGCCUCCAGGAGGAAGUCUCCGCCCUUCAACAAGUGUUUGACCAAUCAGUUGUUGAAAAACAUAGUUUGGAGAUGGAGCUUCAAUCCAUGAAUGAACGGCUCAAGGCUGCAACAGAAAUGGUUGAGAGCCUGAAGUUCCAGGAGCAGUCGUGGAGAAAACAUGUGAAGGAGAAUGACUGUAAUGAAUUGUUGCUUGGCAACUGUUUGACAGCAGCAGCUUUCCUUACCUACUGUGGUCCAGCCAAUCUAGAUACAAGGAAAAGAAUGGGAGAAUUUUUCAUGCAAGUCUGUGAGCAUCACAAGCUACCAUUGCCUAGACGACGACUUUUCAGAAAUCUAGAAUUGGUUGAGUUCCUCAAUAAUCGGCUGGACAUCAUGAACUUGGAGAUAGAAAGAUUGCCGACCACUGGCCUGAUGCUGGAGAACGCCUGCUUCCUGAUGCAGGAAGAGAGCACAACUGCUUGGCCCCUCAUCUGUGACCCCACCUCGAGGGUCAUUGACUGGCUGCAGUUCUACAAAAGGUCCAAGGGGCUUGUGUGUGUCAGAUACAGUGAGAUGCGUUCCCAGUUUGAGAAUUGCCUAGCUGAUGGCAGUCCCCUUCUGGUCACUGACUGUGACCUUAAACAACUCUCCAAAGAUAAGCGAUUCAGAGAUGCUAUACAGAGGUGUAAUAGGUUCAUAAACGAGAAGAGCCGCUUCAAAAUAUUUGUGGAGGACCAUGAGGUAGAAUGUGACCCUAAGUUCCGUCUGUACCUACACACAACAUUGGAGCCCCAUAAUGUCCCAUCACACCUGGCUGCCUACUGCUCCAUCAUGUUCUUCCAACAGUCCCGACUCUGUAUUGAAGAGGAACUCCUUGAUCGUUUCCUUGCUAAGGAGAAGUGCAGGCUGGAAGAUGAACGCACUGCUCUCAGACAGGAGAAGAAGGAGAACAUCCAGACGCUGGAGAAACUUGAGAAGCAGAUGAAGGACAAUCUAUCCAGUGAUGUCCGUCUGAUGAAUGACCUCCAGGCCACCAAGAAACUUGCCGAGCUGAAGAAGCAGUAUGAUGAAACAGUGGAAAGUCAUAGUCGAGUGGAGUCUGCAGAAAAUUCCAUUAUGAAGAAUCGUGAGUUGCACCGCCCCAUCGCCCAGCGAGCAGCCGUUUGUUUUGAUGUUUGUCAGUACAUGAGGGAGGUGAACAGGUUGUACCAGAUGUCUUACACACAGUUUCUGUCUCUGUAUGACACGGCCAUCAGCCACUCCGACAGGACAGUGCCCAAGGUCGUUAUAGAGAAAGUCACCAACAGUGCCUACACCACCACUGCCCGCGGACUGCUGGAGAGAGACAGAAGCAUCUUUGCUCUACUGCUUGCCAUAGAGGUUGAAGAUUCGCUGAAGAAGAUCGGCCGUGGUGAGCGAGAGUUCCUCAUCUCCCCUAACUACAGUAUGGUCGUGAUGACAGCCAAUGGGUCCGGCCAAUCCCCAGACAGUAAGAUUGUACAAGCCAAGAAGCCUUUUGAUUGGAUGACGGAAGAACAGUUCCACAAUCUGCAGAUACUGGCCAUGUACUUUGAGUGGUUCCAAGAAAUGUUUGACCGUAUGCCCAAGGAUGGACGAGAGACCCAGUGGCGCACACUUUGUGAGAGUGAUCUCCCUGAAAAUGUGGCUCUGCCAGACAAGAUGGAUGACCAUUACGAACAGAUGCAGCGUCUGUGUGUGAUUAGGGCAGUGAGGAGUGACCGCCUCAUGCAGGCCUCCACAAACUUCAUCACCAACGUACUUGGGAAAAGGUACUAUGGAGACAUUGGUAUAGACCUGACGAGUAUGCUACGACAGAGUACACCCACCAUCCCCCUGAUUCUGUUGUACUCCGUCGAGGUUGAACAUGUCACCAAGCUGUUCAACGACUUCUCCCAUAGGAAACAGGCGAAGACUCUUUCUCUCACCAUCAACGAUGAUACGCCGGCCAUAGAGAGGACUGCCAAACGUAUCAUCCAAAAGGGAAUGCAGGAGGGGAUGUGGGUCCUUCUUCACAAUGCUCACAACUCUCCACACCUGAUGAACAACCUAGAGGCCAUCUUGACCGAGGAGACGAGUCCAGAUCCCAACUUCCACCUGUGGAUCACGUCUAAAGUAGACACCACAGCUCUACCUAUCAGGCUACUACAGAACUCCAUCAAGGCUGUCAUAGACUCACCUAAGGUAAUGAAGGACAGUCUGAUUCGGUCCUUUACAUCAUUCGAGUCCGAUAUCCUGAAGCAGUCAUCACGGCCAGAAUGGCCACUCAUGUUACACAACCUGUGUUACCUCCACGGGGCCCUGCAGCUGAGGGCGCGAUACGGACAGGGAGGCUGGAACAUCUGCCAGGACUUCCUCAGCAUUGGCAUCAAUGAAAUACAGGAAGCACUCAGCUUCAUGAUCACCGAGUUUAAAGAGCCCCUGACGUGUGUUGCACCAGAUGGAUCUCAGUCGUCUCGUUCUACAUCUUGGACUGGAAUACGAUACAUGCUGUCUGAGAUAAUCUAUGGGAGCUACAUCACGGAUGACUAUGACAGGAACAGUAUGAGUGCUGUAGUAGACUACUGGAUCUCACCUAACGCUGUAAAGAAAGACUUUGAUGUGGCAAAGUUGAAAUACCGCCAUCCUCCAGGCUUCUUCAAUACCAACCCUCGCCUGAACAACCUGAUCCAGGCACUGGAUGGCAUUAACAACCACUUCCUGGACAUUCCAGAGGGCUGCCAUCUACACCAUAGCAACAUAGAGACACUAUUGGGAGAUGAACAGUAUGUUUUUACCCGUCUCAACAAAGUGUUUGAUGCCAUGCCAUCAACAGACACUCUGUCUCACAAACUUUUCCCCAAGCCACCAACUCCAUUCCACGGUCCAGCCAAGGCAGAGAUCAGUAAGUACAGUAAUAAUCCAGCCGUGUUUACUCAGGGAACCUUCGCCACAUCCACAUACUCCGUCCUCAAACGUACCAAGGAGAUCGAGCUUUGGGAAGUGUGUCACACACUGCUUUCCAAGAUGCCAAAAUCCUACAACAGGGAUUUCCUGUUGGACCGUGUGAGGAAGAUGGCAGAUUUCCCAUCCUUCAAUACCUUCAUCAUGAAGGAGUUUGAUCAGAUGAUCCUCCUCAUUACUGAGAUCAGGACAACACUACAGGCCAUUAAGAAUGCAUGCGAGACAAACGUUUUGGGUGACAUGAUGUCUGACCAUAUCCUGUCUGCGGCUGAUGAUCUGUACUAUGGCCGCACACCCCAAACUUGGUGUCGAAUGGCUGGCAGCUCGGCUCCUCCAAUGAAUUUCGCCGUUGGUAACUGGUUCAAUGAUCUUUCAAACAGGUGUCUACAUUUUGAAAGAAUACUCAGCCAGGGACGAGACAAGAUGCCUUGUUACUGGCUAGGAGCCUUCUUCAAUCCACGUGGACUCCUAGCUCUACUGAAACAGGACUACAUUCGACACUACUGUGGAGACCGCUCUGGAAACUUUGAACAGUUUGUGUUCCAGACAGAGGUCACCACCAGGGAUAAGGAACAUCUGCGAGACCCGCCACCAGAGGGAAUGUUUGUGUACGGAAUCCACAUGUGGGGUUGUGCUUGGGAGAAGACCACCAUGGAACUCCAGGACACACCUCCAAGGAUAGGGUACUCCAGUCUGCCUGUUGUUCAUGUCAACUGCUACCCUGCCAACGAGAAACCCCUCCUCCAGGACCCUGUAAAGGCAGCCGAGGUGUACCAGUGUCCUGUCUAUGCCUCCCGCCUGAGCAAACGGGAACCCAUCAUGGAGAUGGACUUCAAACGCGAGGGUUAUCCUGCUACUCGCUGGUCUCUAAGGGGACUUUCAUGUACCAUCAGAAACUACUGAGCUAUUUGCUCCUACAUCAGUUAAAUAUACCUUCUUGUCCCAGGAUUUAAGGGUUUACCAACAGUCUGCCGAACUUGUAUUUAUUCGUUCAUGGUCACAAUAUUUCUGUGAUCAGUGCAAAGACAGUUGCUUACAUUUGCAAUGUUAAUUGUUUUCAAUAUUUUUUGUUAAAAUUUGGACUUGUCACAAUGUGUUUUGUCCCAAAAAUUACCCGAGUUGAAACUAGAAUGAAGAACAGUCAUUCUAUAGUUUUGAAUUCAAACUAACAAGUUGACUACCUUGAAAAUAAUUCUUAAAAGUAUGUAAAUAUAGGUACAUAAUAUAAGAAACAUUUGUGUAAAUGCAAUCAAAUGUUCAUCAGUGUUAGUCUGUGCAGUCAAAGCUGUAUUUUAUUAGCCAAAGUUAAUCACCUAGAAAAAGUUGUCCAGGUAGAUAUUACAAUUCUGUUGUAGAAAUGUUGUCAAAAUAGCUAGGUCCUUCUUUACUGUUCAGAAAUUUUAUAUAUUAGUUUUGCAAUAGUGGCCAAAUAAAAUUGGAUCUGAGCUUGUAUAAUCCUUUGCACAUAGAAGUGCCUUACAACAGAAAGGGAAUGUGUCAAAUAUCUUGUACAUAAAAUGUACAUGUUGGUGGUAUCUUAUGGAGGUGUACAUAGUUAUAUUUAGUAGAUUUUUGUACAGGACAUAAGUGAGAGUGCUUUCAUCACAUUAUCAUGUUUCCACAAGUAUUUAUCUGUCAUGGUGUGUUUAUCAUUAAAAAGCAGUAUUCCGUGUUCAGCAAUACCCAUGUAUAUGAGGAGAGAAUCACACAUUCCGUCAUCCAUUACAAUAUCAAUACUAUAGUUCACUACUAUAAACCAGAUCUAUUUAUUCCUUUGUGUAGAAUUUUGUAUAUUUAUUGGGAUGUCAAAGUUUGUUAUAUUUACAUUUAUAAACAUUCCAUCUUGGAUCAAAUAUAUGUUGUAAAUAAUUCCUAAUUUUCUAUAGAAUGCGAUACAGUACAGUUUAUGCAAUCUCAACUGUUGAAGCACACUGUAAUGUACUGGUAUAUAAGGGUUGUCUACUAGAUAUUUUUAUAUUUAAAUACUAUACUGCUGAUCCAGUGUCCUCCGUGUGAAGUGCCCGUCCAUUAUAUACAAGUUUUUGGUUUGAUGGUUAUAUAGAUGCCGAUACUAUACUCUUGACCAUCGUCCUGUGUUAAUCUUCAAGACAUUAGCUCAUUCACUGUCCGUCCUGUAUUAUACAAGUUAGUUGUUACAUAAAAACUAUUAUUAUAUGGAUGAUGCUAAUAUACUGCUGAUCCAUUGCGUGAAUCUUACUGUCCGUCCAGUAAAGACAAAAUGUCAUAUAAAAACUUGCAUGCAUAUGCUGAUCUUUUAAAGAAAUCUUACAGUCCGCCCAGUAUAGAGAAGUUGUCACAUAAAAACUUAUAUCACGCCCUCCUAUGAAACUUUACAUCCGUCCUGUACAUACGUGUUGUCACAUUUUCAGACAUUUUUUAUCACAAAUAGGAUGCAUAAAGAAAUUACAAAUUUUCUAACUUGUUUACUGCUGAGAGCUGUAUUUGUUACAGUUGAUGUUUGUACGUCCUAAUGGUUUUCCAUUUAUUUCUCCUUUACUGGAGAGUAAUGAAGUAUUUUACAUAUUUCAAACAAUAAAUUUGUUGUAUUGUUAA